AUGCCUCCCCAAAACGUGGGCAUCAAAGCCAUUGAAAUCUACGUUCCCAGCCGAUAUGUUGCUCAAUCCGACCUGGAGAAGUUCCUCGGUGCCAGUACUGGAAAGUACACCAUCGGGCUAGGACAGACGAACAUGAGCUUCUGUGACGAUCGUGAGGAUGUCUACUCCCUCGCCCUAACAACCGUCUCUUCCCUCCUCCAAAAGUACACCAUCGACCCAAAUACCAUCGGCCGCCUAGAAGUAGGCACAGAAUCAAUGCUUGAUAAAGCCAAAUCCUGCAAAUCGGUGCUGAUGCAAUUGUUUCCUACGAACCCCGACAUUGAAGGCGCAGACACCUACAACGCCUGCUACGGUGGCACAAACGCCCUUUUCAACGCCGUGCACUGGAUCGAGUCAUCUUCCUGGGACGGUCGCGACGCUAUAGUUGUCAUGUCCGAUAUAGCUCUCUACAACACGCCCGCUGCACGGCCUACGGGCGGUGCCGGGUGCAUAGCCAUGCUAAUUGGUGCCGAGGCACCAAUUUUGUUAGAGUCAGUGCGGGCAUCCUUUAUGCGGCAUGCCUAUGAUUUCUAUAAGCCUGAUUUCAAGACUGAAUAUCCCCUUGUUGAUGGACACUACUCGUCUAGAUGUUAUUUGCAGGCGCUCGAUGGGUGUUACCGGCGGUAUCGGGAAAAGAAAGGUGCGCGUGAGAAGAGUCCUGAUAGGACUGUAUUGGAUAUACCGUUGGAUGAGUUUGACUAUUUUGUGUUUCAUGCGCCAAAUUGCAAGCUUGUUUCUAAGUCUUAUGCGCGGUUGAUGUAUAAUGAUUUUGUGGCAGAUAACGAGAAUCCUCUCUUCAGGGAGGAUAAUGUGCCCAUUGCGAUUCGGGAACAAACUCAUGAAGGGUCUCUCGAUGACAAGAUUCUUGAGAAAUGCUUCAUUAAAUUAUCUCAGCAGAGAUUUGACCAGCGCGUACAGCCAAGUCUGACUGUCCCGACCAUGUGCGGAAACAUGUACACCGCUGGUGUAUAUUCGGGGUUAGUCAGCUUGCUCAGCAACACGCCCAGCGAGAGCCUCAUGAACAGCCGUGUGGGAGUAUUCAGCUUUGGAAGUGGAUUGGCGAGCACGCUGUUCAGCUUGCGAGUUGUUGGUGACGUUUCCCCCGAAUUCUACGAUGAGAUGUGCCGUGUCCGCGAAAAAGCCUAUCAGCAGAAGAAUUACACUCCUACUGGGAGCAUUGAAGCUCUUGCGUCUGGAACCUACUACCUUUCUUUUGUGGACGAGAAAUUCCGACGAACCUAUGCAGUUCGAGAGUAA